AUGAUUAACGCGAUAGACCCACAUGAUGCUACACUGGCACAACAUUUGGCUCAGCUUGCACAGUGGGCAGUUUCCAUGAACAGUGAUGAGAGGGUCAAGGCAGAGCGUACAAUCAAGGAGUUUCAGGAUCGUGUUGACCAACAGACUGGAUUUGUGUUACUCCUUCUCAACAUGGCUGCUUCACCCGGGCCAGCAGCGUCUUUUUGUUCCAUUGUGUUUAAAAACACGGUUAAGAUGUGUUGGAAUUCAACCACGGCUGAACAUUGCAUCACUGAAAACGACAAGGCUAUAGCGCGUGACAUUAUCACAUCGCUUAUGCUUCGUGCUGCCCCGAAUGUGCAGCGCAAUCUUGCAGAGGCCAUUACCAUGAUAGCCGAGAUUGACUUUCCAAAGGCGUGGCCAAAUGCUCUUGAUCGCAUUGUUCAGGUACUGAUCAGUGAGAAGGAUAUGACGAUGCAGUGUGCAGCGCUGUCAACGGCUCACAGUAUCCUCGGACGGUACAGAAAUCAAUCGGACCUUUCUGAAGAGUUCGCAAGUGACUUACGGAUUAUAUACACGGCGCUAACAGCUCCGCUACUCCGUUCCAUGGAACUGCUGUUGGAUGAAAUGGAAAAGAAUGGCACGGGAGCGAAGACGGCGUGCAAGGGACUUACUUCAGCAGUGGAAUGUCUCCGUGACAUGACCACCCUUGAUCUUGGCGACGAGUUAAUUUGGAGUAUGGAGAAGUUUGUGAACGUGCUCUUGCGAUGCCUUCAGUUCAACAGCUCUGUUGCCGAUGAUGCGAGUUUGAUUGAGUUGAAAUCUGUCGUGAUGGCGUGUGUGACGCACUUUUUGCUUCGGUUCGACGAAGACUUUGAAAAAUACGCCGGUGGUUUUCUGAAAGUUGUGUGGGACACCAUUGCCUCCCCGGCGAGUCGUGCCAGUAUGAUGGACGACGUAGUCAUUCAGGGAAUUAACCUCCUCUCAGCCGCAUGUCGCGGGUCGAUGCGCGACGUUUUCAACAACGCAGAAGUGCUUGAAAACCUCGUGUUGCAGGUUAUUCUGCCAAAUCUCGCACUGCGGGAUGAUGAUGUUGAUUUGUACGAGAAUGAGCCAGAUGUGUACAUUCAAAGGGACAUUGAGGGCAGUGACUUUCAUACUCGAAGGCGCGAGGCAGGUGAGCUGGUUCGAUCAUUAAUUGUCUCGUUCCCUGACAAGUCUGCUCCGCUCUUCACCACUCGGCUGCAGCAUCUCAUAACAUCUGCUGCAGCUGGUGAUUGGAAGGCAAAGGAUCUGGCCAUAUAUCUGGUUUCUGCACUGUCGCUGGAAGGACAGUAUGCGAACUCGCAAAGAGGGGCAACACAACGUUUGAGCAACCUCGUGCCAUUUGAUUCGUUCUUGAAACAGAAUAUCCUCUCUGAACUGUCGUCCAAUGUGUCCACACAAAGCCCAUUCUUAAUCAAGGCGGGUUGCAUUCGAUUUAUUGCGACCUUUCGGGCUCACAUUGAACCUCAACUACUCCCUGAGGUGAUAGCACUUUUGACCGCGUGGAUUCGAUGCCAAGAUGAAGUGGUGCGUGCAUACGCUGCAAAUGCUGUCGAGCGAAUUCUUACUGUUCAGCGAUCUGGUCAGCAGGAAUUUGUCAUAACAAACGAAAACUUGGCGGAUAAGGCAGCGCCUCUUCUACAAAAUCUUUGCAUGCGGAUUCAGCAGGAUCGGCGACCGAGUGCUUACACAAUGCAAUGCCUCUUGCGAGUGUGUCAGAACUGCAGUUCUUGCGUAUCACCUUUUGUGGGCGACAUCAUCACUUGCAUAGCCCCUGUUGUUAGAGAGAACGCAAAGAACCCAACCAACCCCCUGUUUAGUCAUUGUAUGUUCGAGGUGAUUUCAAAGUGCAUCCAAAUCCGCCCAAAAGAUGGUGCUGCUAUUGAAGGAGUAUUGUGGGAGCCCAUGAUUUUCAUCUUGCAGAAUGACGUGCUUGAGUAUGUGCCAUACACGCUUCAAAUCAUGGCACAGCUACUUGAUACGCACGGUUCAAACUCCCCAGAGCCCCCAGCACACUAUCAAGCUUUACUGGAGCCUCUUCUUAUUCCUGACAUGUACCAGCAGAAGGGCAACAUUCCGGCCGUUGUUCGUCUUUUGGUGGCUUUCAUAGAACACUAUCCGCGCUUUGUGCACGGUAAAGGAUUCACGGAGAAGACACUGGCGAUUUUCCGCUCCCUCCUCCAGUACAAGAAUUACGACCAUGAGGGACUUAAUAUUCUCACAGCGAUUAUAAUAGCGUACCCUAAGGAGAUUAUCUCCUCUUUUAUGAAAUCCGUGUACGAGGCACUAUUCCAACGACUGCAAACUUCUAGAACGCCGAAAUAUCUUCGUAUUUUGAUCAUUUUCUUGUCAAUUGUGGUUGUUGUUCAUGGUGCUGAUGAUGUCGUGGCCAAAGUGAAUCUUAUUCAGGAUGGGCUCUUUUGGAUGCUGUUUCAGCGUGUCUGGCUUCCCAACGUUCAGAAAGUUAUGGGAACAUUGGAGAGAAAAGUGUGUGUGGUAGCACUGGCAUGUCUACUUGGAGAGUGCUCGGAACUGCAGAGAAAUGGAGAGACAUGGGCAACUUGUGUCCUUGGAUGCCUUAAAAUGAUUCAUGGCGCCGUGGAGAGCGAUGACGUGACAAGUUUUACACCCAAAUCACAUACUGCUGGGGACUUGAAACAACACAUUGACGAUUCAGGAUUCACAAAUGUUUUUUGCCCACUGCAGGGUGCUGUCCGGGUCCCGAUUGACGUCUGUCAAUCCGUAAAGGAUCCCAAUGCGUACUUCCGUGAACGCAUUCAGCAGGCUCUGUCUGGUCCUAGCGGUGCACACCUUGUGACUCUGUUGCGGGCCAACCCGGAUUUGCUGGCAGUGGUGCAAUAA